GUUCGCGUGUCUGCGAUGGGAGACAAUUACGCAGUGGCGCCAGGUUUCGUAGGGUUUAAUUUCUGGAAUGUCCAGGAACCCCCGGCGCGAAGAAAUGGACUAUCCCAAUUCAUCAACGGGCGGAACCCGUCGUUUGGUUCCCAACCUGCUGAAAGGGUGUGCCCCCAGUGUAACCCGCAACAGCAAACAAGUCUGGAAUUCGACAGGUGGGUUGGCAGUACAGCAGGCGGUGCCGGUGGGCAGAACACCCGAACUCAACGGUUUCUUCCUGCGUUCUCAGAUCCAACAUCACGAAAAACCUUCACCAGACCUGACGUGGAACGGACCAUGGGUAUCGUGGAGCAGUAUAUAUCGAAGGGCGCAGAAAGGCGUUUCCCCCAGCCGUCUCCAAACGGACUGGCCACCAACCGCAAACUCGUGGGGGUCGAGGGCAAGUGGUAUGACGUCACCAAUUUCGCGCACCGCCACCCUGGCGGAGACAUUAUCAACUAUUUCAUCAACAAAGACGCCACGGAUGUGUUCCGAAGCGUCCACCCCAGGGGAGGGGAGCACCUCAUCAAGUAUCUAAAAGCCGUCGGUACCUACACCAACAGCGUGACGGAAGACCCCUUCAACCGCGACAUGCGGGAACUCUACAACAGGCUGCAGAAGGAAGGAUAUUUCAAACCGGACCUGAGGUGGUACGCGAAGAAGUACGCGGUGUGCUUGGUGCUGCUCUUCGUCAUCAUCGCUCUGGUGGUGGGGUUCGAGUCGUCCUGGGCGCACGGGCUGGCGGGCGUGUUCCUGGCGUUCUUCUGGCAGCAGAACGGGAUGCUCAUGCACGACAUACUCCAUCACCAGGCGUUCGACGACCAGCGGCUGACCUACCUGGCGGGACUCGUGGUUGCGCCGCUCAGCUUCGGCAUGAGCUCGAACUGGUGGCGGGACGAACACUGGGUGCACCACAUGCUCCUCAACAGCGUCUCGUACGAGGACGACUUCGUGGAUCCGCAAAUGUGGGAGCCCAUCUGGGCACAGAACACUAAGUUAUUCCCGCUCUUUCAGACGCACCUCCAGGCGUUCCUUAUCAAGAUACAGCACAUCAUCUUCAUACCGGUUUGCAUGAUCGCCGGCCGCUUUGGCAUCAUCAUCGACAGUAUGAAGCGAGAGAAGGACCUGGGUACCUGGGCAGCCUUCUGUGUGCACUGGAUCGCCACGGCCCUCCUCAUGUCCAUGCUUCCUAACUGGGAGGAGCGGUGUUUGUUUUACGGUGUGGCCAUGCUGGGAGAAGGCGUGUUGCACAUACAGCUGCUCAUCAGUCAUUACUCCAAGGACAUGUACCAGAAGGAGGAGCUACACGAGAUGGAGUUCUACAGAUACCAGGUGAUGCAGAACAUCAACAUCACCAACCCCUGGUGGAUGGACUGGUUCCACGGCGGUCUCAACUUCCACAUCGAGCAUCACUGCUUCCCGCGCGUGCCCAGACACAACAUGCGCCAGGUUGGCUCCAUGAUUCAAGAGCUGUGCCGAAAACACGACGUGCCAUACGACACGACCGGGUUCUUCAACGCCAUCUGGCGGACUCUAGUGGGACUGCACCAAGCACAGAAACUCUUCAAGCUGGACCCAAGAUGAAGCAAACACAUGAAACGGGUUUCCAUGCCGUCCGUGCCUUCGAGCUACUUCAGAAUAAACCAGGAAGGAUCGUGUUGGGAAGAAGUGAAAAAUGUUUGUAGAAUGUGUUUAGCCCAAACAGUUCAUUUUUGUACAUCGUUGGGUAAACCAAAUUGUGCAAUUUUUUUAAACUUUCACAAACACAUUGCAAUGCAUGGUUUUCUACCUACAUUUUCACACACCAAACACGUCCUUCGUGGUCUAUUCCUAAAAUGUGUGAAAUUUAAAGUAUCUGAGAUUUCAGGCGAAUACCUGCAGUUGCAGUACAUUCUAUUGUAUAUUAUGGCACCAAUUUGUUGCGUGAGGAAGAAACUAGAUUAUCUGUUUGUUGUCAAAGCAACCCAAGAUUGAAAACCAAUUGUCAUUCAUAUCAGGAAAAAGCAAGACGAAAAUAUCUUUAAUUAUCACAGGAUUCAGGAAAUAUUCAAGUAGUUCUUGUGAUGCUGGGCCACAUUGUUACGCUACUCCAGUGCACAACGGCACAACGACCAACAUACCCUCAAGAAAAUUUUGCCUCAGUCCUCUGAGGACUUUGGCAGACAGUGCUUAGUUGGCCCGAUGGAGAUAGAAGCUUACAGUGCCGAGGACUCCAUCCCGUAGCUUUGGAAGAGACUGGUCACCAGCUUUAAUACCACAUAGUAAUUUUUCAUGAGAUAUAUUAGAAUCGGCUCAAGUAGGAAAUGAUUCAUUGUUCACAUAAACUGCCUGACUCUCUACUGCAAAGACAUAUAGGUGCGUUUUACCGUUAAACGUUGGUGUUUCCUUCCAGUGCGACGUUAAAGGACCACAGUUCGUGUGAUUUACAGUUUCAUAAAAAUGAGUCUGAUGCACAAUAAGAUGCGCCACCUAGGCGUCGCCAAAAAUGACAGUUUUUUUGCCAGGUCAAUGUAUAAACUAUGUAGCUGUAUCUUUUCUUUGUUUACUUCAUGUUUCUUUGAUUGUGUAACUUUAUGCAAGGAGAUUAAAACCUCCUUGCUUUAUGGUAGUAUACGUUCGAAUGCUCGGCUGAUGUACAUCGUGUUAGAAAAUGUACAUAACGAGUGAGCAACUAUAGUAUUAACGUUACGUUGUGCAUUGUGUUGCUGUUGCUGUUGUGUUGCACGUUUUAUUAACUUGUAUGUAAACACUGCAAGGUGCUGUAUUUUACUCUUCAAAUUCUGUCAUGCUUAUUGAGAUUACUUAAUGAUAUCUUCGUGGUGUGUACAUGUGAAUCAGAGGUGAAAAGGGUAACGUUAUACCGAAAACGUGAAUUGAUCUAUAGCAAACUGAUUAUUAUUAUGUCACCAACUGAGUUGUACAUGUUUGUUGCGGUUGGUUUAAUAUUGAUCAAAAGUGACAAAAUAAAUCUAUAUAUUCUGUUUCUAUUCUUA